CUUCCUCUUUUGAACCACCCCAAAUUUACAUCUGUCUCUCCGAAAAUGCCUCCCAAUUUCUUCCCAGCUUAUUCUGUUUUCUUGAUGAUCAUGCUGAUCCCUGUUCCGAGGGUUGUGUGCGAGGACAAUCAACAAUUCGUCAGCUGCGGCGCACAGUAUGAGUGCGGGAAUAUGGUUAUUAGUUAUCCUUUCUGGGGAGGGAGUCGCCCUCCUUACUGUGGCCAUCCAGGGUUCGAGCUGACUUGUGAUGGUGAAGCCCCGGAGUUUACAAUGAAGGAGGCGAGUUACCGAAUCCUGGAUAUCAAUAACUCAUUCCAUACUCUCACCGUUGCUAGGGCGGAUUACUGGGAUAGUUACUGCCCUCCUACAUAUGUUAACACCACUCUGAAUGAAUCCAUUUUUAGUUAUAAUGCCACCUAUACAGACGUGACCCUCUACUAUGAUUGUCCCCAACUUACUAUCGCGCCUUCCAACCAGUUCAAUUGCACCAAUAUCACUGGUUACUAUACAACACUGGAUCUUAACCUUAGCGUAAGCCCCGGGAGUUGCGGUGUGUAUGUGACGGUUCCCAUUUUUCAGUCAGCAGCUACCGCUAUAGUGAGCGGUGGAGGUACACUGACUCUUCUUACAGAAGCUCUUAAGGGUGGUUUCGGGUUGGAGUGGAAUGCCAGUAAUAGUUUGUGUACAGAAUGUGUUGAAUCCGGUGGGCAGUGCGGCUAUACCUCCAACCAAUUCACAUGCUAUUGUCGGAAUGGGUAUCCUCUCUCCAGUUGCCAAACCACAAGAUCAGGCUCAAAUGUGCUGAGAAAGAUUAUUAUAGGCAUUGUUGCAGGUGUGGCUACGCUCAUAUUAGUUCUUGCAAUGCUUGGUUGCCUUAGAAUAAUAAAAUGCCCAUUGGCGUGCAAGACAUUGGUCUUCUGGAAGAAGGAAUCAGAGGAUGAUGAAAAUGUGGAAGCAUUUAUAAGGAACUAUGGAUCAUUGGCUCCAAAGAGAUACAAUUAUUCAGAUGUUAAGAAAAUGACCAACUCAUUCACAAGUAAAUUAGGUGAAGGAGGAUUUGGUUGCGUGUACAAAGGAAAGCUCCCUGAUGGUCGCAUGAUGGCAGUGAAACUUUUGAGUAAGUCAAAGGGUAAUGGACAAGACUUUAUUAAUGAAGUUGCAAGCAUCAGUAGAACUUCUCAUGUUAAUAUAGUCACUUUUAUGGGAUUUUGUUUUGAGAGGAGUAGAAGAGCUCUGAUUUAUGAAUUCAUGCCCAAUGGAUCUCUUGAUAAGUUCAUCUAUAAUAGAGGAUCCUCUAAUGAAAGCCUGAACUUGGAAUGGAAGACCAUGUACCAAAUUGCAGUCGGCAUUGCUCGAGGACUAGAAUACUUAUACCGAGGUUGCAACACAAGGAUUUUGCAUUUUGACAUAAAACCUCACAACAUUCUUCUAGACCAAAACUUCAUCCCAAAAAUUUCUGAUUUUGGCCUUGCUAAGCUAUGCCAGAAGACAGAAAGCAUGGUGUCAAUGACGCACGCACGGGGCACCACUGGAUACAUAGCUCCCGAGGUAUUCUGUAGAAACUUUGGAGGAGUCUCUCAUAAAUCCGAUGUCUACAGCUAUGGAAUGUUGGUUCUUGAAAUGGUUGGAGGGAGAAAGAAUAUUGGUGCAAGUUUUCCAACUUGGAUUUAUAAGCAGCUUCAGCCAGGCAAGGAUCUUACAGUACUUCGUAGUAUCACCAAUGAAGAGGAGGAAGAAACAGCGAGGAAGAUGGUUUUAGUGAGCCUGUGGUGCAUUCAGCCCAAUCCAUCUGACCGACCAUCGAUUGAUAAGGUGGUAGAGAUGUUGGAAGGAAGCUCUCAUCUCUUAGAGAUUCCCCCAAAUCCUUUUAUGUUUUCUACUCAAAACACACCACAGUCCACAGUGUCAACUUAGAAAGAGAUCGUUAACAUUAUUGUUAAAAAAAAAAAAAAAAGAAUAUGAUUUUUCCCUGCUGGAGAGAGAGGAGCAAUGCCCACCAUGAGAAACAAAUUCAAAUAUCUCAACUGAAGCCCAACUCCAAAGAUUAGGUCGUGCAUAUCUUUGUAACAACUUUACAAGACCUUCAUCUCAAAUCAUCUGUUGCAGAGAAUCCUAAAGAAGACACAAUGCUACAGCGAAAAGGUAACUGAGAUUUGCUAAUUACUUUUUCUCAUUAGUCUCUUUAUGGUAUCAAACCAUCUUUAACUCACAUGAGUAUUGUUCUUCCUAUGUUAAUUAUUCAAGUAUCCAUAUAUUGAGGAAAUCUCAAAAUUUCUUAUUGUCUAUCUAAAACUAUGUCAUCCAACUAUUUAUUGUGUCUAUCGGUAAAUGAAAGUUAAGAUUUAGUUGGUUUCA